UGCAGCCAACAGUGCAGCCAGUACCAAUGUGAAAUGUGUUGGAUAAGUGGAGGGAGAAGAUGCAGUUUUGUCCACUCUCUUACACACCCGGAGGUGUGGAGUCCCAACUCUAGAAUGAGGGUUGGGAGUAUUGAGAGUCGUAGUGCGAUACCUGUGAAAGGUAUCAGUUGAGGACGGUUGCCUUAUUUGCUGGCGACUUAACUUUUGCUCUGAGGAAUGAUUUGCCUUCCUUUACACUGGUUAGAAGUUUGGGAGAAGUGAAGGUAAAAGCGAGGGACUGAGUGCUGGAGGCUCGAAACUCUGUUUCGGGUUUAGUUUCCCCUUCUGAAUGGAGAGAGGGUCUCUUUCUUAGUCGUUUCACCAGGCGUGCUGUUCCACAUUCUACUGAUAAAAAGGAACCAUCGCUUGGAGUGUAAUGCAACCCAGAGAGAAAUACCUAUUCACACCCAUAAGGUGUGUUUGCCGGAGGAGUAGUCGAUGGGAGGAUGUGGAGUGGAAACUGAAGAAAAGAUGAAGGGGGCAAAGUGGAGAAACAUAAAAAAACCCGGGAAGAUUUGGAAGUGAAGAACUGGGAUUGAGAUGAAAGAAAGGACAGAAGGAAACAAAACAAGAACCUAAUAGCAAAAGGUAGGAGAACCUCAAAGACUGAAAGAGAAGGAAAGUUACCAACUGAGUGGCGGGUGGAGUGGGUGCUAGAGAGGAAAGGAGAAUCGAAGAGAAAGGGAGGGCAGAGCGAAAGGAGCCCGGAACAGCCCGGGAGCUACAAAAGCGGGGGGCGGGGGGCGCAGCUGCAGAGAGAGAGAGACGUCGGCGACAGCAGCAGCAGCAGCAGCAGGGCUAAAGAACGGGAGCAGGAGCGAGGAAGCCGAAGGGGAGGGAGGGGGCCGAAAGGGGAGAGAAGAGAAAGGAGGCAAAAGAAGCGAAGGGGCAGCCGAAGGAGGACAAGAUGCAUCCGGACGAAGCCUCAGCCUCAGCCAGGACGGAAAGACCGACGGGGAGUCGGGGAAAAAGAAAGCUGAGCAAGUGAGAGUUAUUCGAGGAGGGCGAAGCAGCCGGCUGGAGGCAAAGAGAGGGCAAGAGAGUUCUUCGGGAAGGGCGAAGCGGAACCCCGAGCAGCAAGUGGGUGCCGUCGGAGAGCGGAGCGCUCGGCGCCGUCGGUCCCAGAGCGCUCAGACUGGGACGCGCGAUGCAACCGGCGCGGCGCUGCCACUGUGACCGGGGCUCUCCCGAGGAGCUGGACGUGGCGAGCCCGGCCGCUCCCUCGCUAUAGCUCAUUAAGGGACACGUCAUCCAGGCAGGCGGCCGCCCUUCGCCUGUCCCGUCGGGGGGCCAUGGUGACCCUCGGGAGGAGCUGCCCGCCGCUGCCAGAGCCGGAGUGAAGGCGCUGCCUUCUUGCCCGCCCCUCUCGCCAUGGAGCUAUCCAACGGCACGGCGGCGGCCGGCUUCAGCGAGCCGACCGGGUCCCCAACCCCGCCGCCCUCGGGGUCCCCGGCCAGCCUGGGCUAUCAGCUGGCCACGUCCGUGGUGCUGGGCGCGCUGAUUCUCUUCGCCGUGUUGGGCAACGCGUGCGUGAUCGCGGCCAUCGUCCUGGAGCGCUCCCUGCAGACGGUAGCCAACUACCUGAUCGGCUCGCUGGCCGUCACCGACCUGAUGGUGUCGGUGCUGGUGCUGCCCAUGGCCGCCCUCUACCAAGUGCUGGGCAAGUGGACGCUGGGCCAGGCGAUGUGCGACCUCUUCAUUGCGCUCGACGUGCUGUGCUGCACCUCGUCCAUCUUGCACCUGUGCGCCAUCGCCCUGGACCGCUACUGGGCCAUCACCGACCCCAUCGACUACGUCAACAAGCGGACGCCCCGCCGGGCCGCCGCCCUCAUCAGCCUCACCUGGCUGAUCGGUUUCCUCAUCUCCAUCCCGCCCAUGCUGGGCUGGCGGACGCCCGAGGACCGCUCCGACCCCAACGCCUGCACCAUCAGCAAGGACCCGGGCUACACCAUCUACUCCACCUUCGGCGCCUUCUACAUCCCCUUGUUGCUCAUGCUGGUCCUCUACGGGCGCAUCUUCAAGGCGGCCCGCUUCCGCAUCCGCAAGACGGUCCGCAAAGCAGACAAGAAACAGCCGCCCUUGUUGCCCGCAGCGCCGGGGGAAAAGGUGGCCGACACUUGCCUGUCCCACUCGCCGGCCAGACGCACCAACGGCGGUCCCCAGCAGGAGCAGCGGCGGCGGCAGCAGCAGCAGCAGCAGGCAGCGGCGGCCAAGGGCAGGAGGAGCGCGGCGGAAGCCAAGGGGGCGCCCUGCGUCAACGGGACCCUCCGGCCGGGGGAAGGCGGCUGGGUGGCCGCCUCGGCCCUGGAGCUGCGAGAGGUGACGCCGUCCAACUCGGCCAAGAGCCUCAUGCUGCCCCUGCCCAACCACCCCCUCCCCGACGCCGCCUCGCCGGCCCCCGAGCGCAAGAACGAGGCCAAGAGCGCCGAGGCGAAGCGCAAGAUGGCCCUGGCCCGCGAGCGGAAGACGGUCAAGACGCUGGGCAUCAUCAUGGGCACCUUCAUCCUCUGCUGGCUGCCCUUCUUCAUCGUGGCGCUGGUGCUGCCCUUCUGCGAGGUCGGCUGCUCCAUGCCGGAGUGGCUGGGCGCCGUCAUCAACUGGCUGGGCUACUCCAACUCCCUGCUCAACCCGGUCAUCUACGCCUACUUCAACAAGGAUUUCCAAAGUGCUUUCCAGAAGAUCGUCAGGUGCAAGUUCUGCCUGUCCUGAGACGGGGCGGACGGCGGCCGAGUUUGCCGGGAAAGCUUCAUCUCCUUCGGCUCCACGGACUUGGGCGAGCCCGAGCUUGUUUCGUUGGCGGAACCUUCUUGCCCUCCUUCUGCGGGACCGGAAUUCUCCGCCUCGUUUUCUCGGGGCCCCUUGGCUUUGGGGGUGGGAAGGGGUGGGAAAGAGAGCGUCCUUGGGGGUCGCCGCAUGGCUGGAGGCUCCUGGCGGCCUUGGGGUCCGAACACAAGCAAGGCUAGCGCGGGCCGAGAUCUCUGACCCUGCGCUCUCUCUCUCUCUCUCUCUCUUUUUUUUUGCUCUCCGUCCUCUUCCUUUCCGAGCUACUUCUCCCGCAAGACGGCUCUGGAAGGUAGGAGCCCCCGGUGGAAAAGCUGACUGUCCCUUUUGAUUUCUCUGUUUCUGUCGGUCCCGGUCUCGACUCCUUCUCGGAGUUUACUUCUUACUCCAGGCUUGAGAAUCUGACUCUGGAGACCGGGAA